CCGGUGAUAGUGUCCUAAAUGGAGAUAACUAUUUGCCUCACAAAUAAAAGCCUCACGAAAGGCAGUAAAAGGAGGCUAUAUAUUUCAUGCCAAGUAUUUGUUUAGAGGUGACUUUCCCAUGCCAAACACAAAGCAGCUUUGAAGUGAUCACAUGUUGCCUCCAAGAAUGAACCGCAAGAGAAAAGACAAUGAAAAUGAAAAGGAUGGUACCGAAGGUAAUGGAGAUGUGCUUCAACUUUCAAUGGGUCUCAAGGGAUUAGCUCGAGGACAGCUAGUUCCUUUCAGAAAAGUUCGACAGCGACGAAACCCGUCGCAGGCACCGCGUGAAGGCAAGAGCGAGUUUAUUCCUCCUCCAUUUCCCUGGUCGACGGAUAAGCGAGCAACUAUACAACCCCUAUCUUAUCUGGUAUCAAACAAGAUAUCUACUAUCACCGGAGAUGUGCAAUGCAAGCGAUGCGAGCGUACGUAUGUGAUUGAAUUUGAUUUGCAUCAAAAGUUUUAUGAAAUUGGGAGGUUUAUCAUGGAAAACAAAGCGAUUAUGCACGAUCGCGCACCCGAGAUGUGGAGGAACCCGGUUCUCCCUACGUGUCGGUUUUGCGAGCAAGAGAAUAGUGCCAAACCGGUUAUCGCGAGUAGCAAGAAAGCCAUAAACUGGCUCUUCUUGCUACUAGGUCAGCUACUCGGCUGCUGCACCCUCGAGCAGCUCAGAUAUUUUUGUAAACACACAAAGAAUCACAGGACAGGAGCUAAAGAUAGGGUUCUUUAUCUCACUUAUUUGAGUUUGUGUAAGCAGCUUGAUCCCACCGGUCCUUUUGAUCGUUAAAUGGGGUUGAAUCUAUCAAUUAAGUUCUCUACUAAUGGUUUCAGACCACUACUAAUAAUGAACUUAGAUAUAGCUAGUUUUAAGUUACAAUUUGGAUUAUUUAUUAUAUAUGGAAGAAAUCCAUAUUCUUUUGAGUCUACGACUUAGAGUCUAGGAAUUAGGAUAUUGCUGUUGUUGUAUGGAAUCCAUAUAACAUUUAUAAAGUUUAGAGUUGCAGUACUACUCUUAGUAUUGUUUAUGUUAACUUAAUUUGGCAUGUUGAGUAAAAUAAUUAAGUACUCCGUAAUU